ACUCCCCCACUCCUCCUCCUCCCUAUUUCUUCCCCACUUCUCUUCCUUCCCUUUCUCACAAUUCUCACAAGUCCUCCUCAUCACCACAACACAAGCAUGUCCACCUCCACCACCACCCCUCCCAACACUUUAUCGUACGAAGAAUGCCGCGGCGUUCUUCGCGUAUACAGCGACGGCUCCAUCGUCCGCUCUCCCAACCCGAGCUUCGACGUCCCCGUCCUGGAAGACGGCUCCGUCUCCUGGAAGGACGUCGUUUUCGACCCGACCAAUCACCUCCAACUCCGCCUCUACAAGCCAGCAGCAACGACACGCUCUCCCUCGUCGUCCAAAAAGCUCCCCAUCUUCUACUACAUCCACGGCGGAGGCUUCUGCAUCGGCUCGCGCGCUUGGCCCAACUGCCAGAACUACUGCUUCCAGCUAGCUUCCCAGCUCCAGUGCGUCGUCGUUUCGCCCGACUAUCGCCUCGCUCCCGAGCACCGCCUCCCGGCAGCGAUCCACGACGGCGCCGCUGCUUUGCAGUGGCUCCGGGCCCAAGCCGAGGCCGACGAGCCGGACACGUGGUUGACUGACGUGGCUGAUUUUGAAAACGUGUUUGUUUCGGGUGACUCGGCGGGUGGGAACAUAGCUCAUAACUUGGCGGUUCGGUUUGGGCCCGGUUCGACAGAGUUGGGGCCGGUUCGGGUUAGGGGGUAUCUACUUUUGGCACCGUUUUUCGCUGGAACGGUUUUGAGUAAGUCGGAGGCCGAGGGGCCCAAAGAUGCCUUUCUCAAUUGGGAGCUCAUUGACAGGUUUUGGAGGCUGUCGAUACCAAUUGGGGAGAAUACAGAUCACCCGCUUGUGAACCCAUUUGGGCCAUUUAGCCGGAGCCUUGAACCGGUGGCUCUUGAUCCGAUCCUAGUGGUUGUGGGUGGCAGUGAUCUGCUCAGGGACCGAGCUGAAGAUUACGCAAAGAGGCUCAAGAAUUGGGGAAAGAAGGUUGAGUACGUGGAAUUUGAAGGGGAGCAGCAUGGUUUCUUCACCUUUCAUCCUAAUUCCCAAGCCGCAAAAGACUUGAUGCCAAUUCUCAAACGAUUCAUUACUGAAAAUUCCAGCUAAAACUGCAACUUUGGCGUCCAAAAUAAGUGUGUUUUGUAAAAAUAUAUGAACCAUUUCCAACUUUGUUUGAGCGCCUUAUCAACCACACUGCCGGUUAUUUCAUGAUUACAUGCUACACCAUGUAAUAUUUAUAUUCUCUCUACAUUAUGUUUUUCGAAGAAAUAGAAUUUCAGACGACUUUAUUUAGGA